AUGGCUUUGGAGCCGAAGCAGGUGAGGCUGCUGUGCAUGAUGUGUCUAGCUUUCGGGUUUUUCGUGGUGGAGGUGGUGGUGAGUCGGGUGAGCGGCUGUCUGGUGAUGCUGUCCGACUCCUUCCAUACGCUGUCGCAUGUGAUCGCGCUGCUCGCGGCGCUGCUCGCGGUGACACUCGCGGAUCAGGCAGCGGCCACGAGCUUCAACACAUUCGGGUGGAUCCGAGCAGAAAUCAUGGGCGCGCUGGUCAAUGCCCUGUUUCUCACUGCGCUCUGUUUCAUCAUCUUCCUGGAGGCAGUGAAGCGCUACACGGAGCCGCAGGAGCUCGAGAACCCCCGGGUUGUGCUGUGGGUCGGAGUGGCCGGGCUCGCUGUAAAUGUCCUGGGGCUUUUGCUGUUCCAUGGUUGCGUUGGACAGGGACAGGGACAUAGACACUCUCACAGCACAAGGUAUGAGAAAUCAGAGACAUCAUCAGGGGAGGCUUACGAUCUGCUGGUGACGAGCCGAGGUCCUGGCCAGGGUGAGCAGGCUCUUCAAGUUGAAGCAGACAGUGUCUCAAAGCAUAGCCUGGAAAUAGCAGUGAAUGGCAACAUCUCACCAGAGAAACCGAAGCAUGAUUUAGAUUCAUCUUCCCAGCUUAGUAUGCGUGGAGUCAUCCUGCUUGUGCUGGGCGAUGCCCUUGGCUCUGUCACUGUAGUGGUUAAUGCUCUCAUUUUCACAUUUGUAUGGAGGACAUGUGACAGUCACAAUAUAUGUAUUAACCCAUGCCUCAGUAACUACUGCUCUGACCACUGGCCUGUGAAUACACACUUGGUCCACAGCAAUGGCACCAGUGCUGUCUCUGUAGCUGGACCAUGCUGGGUUCUCUACCUGGAUCCCACACUCUGCUUAAUCAUGGUGGCCAUCUUGUUAUAUACUACCUUCCCACUGCUGAAGGAGUCAACCCUCAUCUUGCUGCAGUCCGUGCCAAAGCAGAUUGACAUGCAGACCCUGGACAAAAAGCUGAGGAAUCUUGAGGGGGUUCUGGCAGUCCAUGAGCUGCAUAUCUGGCAGCUGGCUGGGAACCGAAUCAUUGCCACGGCACAUGUUAAAUGUGACGACCCAGCCUCCUACAUGGACACAGCUAAACGCAUCAAAAGCUUCUUCCAUGAAGAAGGGAUCCAUGCAACCACAGUCCAGCCUGAGUUCUCAGAUGACAAAGAGCCUGGUGUCUCAGAGUGUGAACUGCCCUGCUAUAGUCAGUGUACCCUGAAGAUCUGCUGUGACACGAGCUGGAAAUCUAGGGCUAAAUCAGUGCUCAUGUGCACAGAUGACUCAUCCAGUCCUCAACGCUCCACCGCUUGUUGGAAUAUUCAGCAAAAAACAGAACUUUUUCUGCAGAUGGAGGUGGAAUCCACAGUCUAG